AUGGCCCUUUUACAAACAUCCCUUAUAUGGGCAGUAUACGCUAUUGUGGUAGCUGUUCUGGUAAUGGUAGCGUCGGUAUUCAUCUAUACUUAUCAAACGCCUCGGGAUCGCUCUUCAGUUGUGACGUUCACGUGUAUCGUUGCGAUUACAAGCUUACUUGCCACUGUUCUUUUGUUGCCGGUGGAUGUUGCUUUAACCUCUUCUACCACAUCCUCGAAGCUUGGCCAAAGGAAACCCUGGGCCACUCAGGAUGAAGUAGAUAAGAUUGUUUCUCUAUUAACGGCUGUGUACUACCUCCUUUACUCGCUUGAUGCAUUCCUGUGCCUACUCGCAAUCCCAUUUGUCUAUUUCUGGUACGAAGAAUAUGAUGAAGUGGCUGUCGAAUCCGGUGAGCAAUCUGCUGCCAAACGACUUUGGACGGCGUUUAAGUACACUAUCUCGUUUAUUGCGAUAGUGGUUGUACUUUUCAUUGUUGGCUUUCUUGUCCCUGUUGCGAAUAUUAAGGACAGCAAAGUUUCAGACUAUCUCAGGAAGCUUCUGGCUGAGAAUCGUGGCGAGAGGGUCCUUACGUUCACCCUUGGGUUAUUGAUAACAAUGGGUCUGUUCCUUUAUAUCCUAUAUACCUCAACGGGCCUUGCUGUUCUUCCCAUGAGGAUGAUACGGGCAGCUCCAUCUGUGUCAGAUAUGACCUGGAAGGCGUCGACGAGUGCACAGCUUGAAUCUAAUCGAGAGCGUCAGCGCCAGCUGGAAGGUCGCUGUAGAGGAGAUCCGGGUCUUCUCUCUUCUAAGGAACGUAGAGAGCUCGAUACCCUCGUUCGAGACGAGAGGACACUUAUCAGGCGGCAACGCUUGGCAGAAGAGGCUGACGGUGAAGGUCAAAGCCGAUUUAUGAGGGCAUGGCUAAAGACCACGGCUUUCUUCCGCCCAUUAAAGCUGCUAGGCGGCAUUGCCAUUCUCUUAAUCACACUUAUGAUUUGGAUAUCGAUGCUCUUGACGGCAAUUGACAAAGCCAAGAAUUCUAUAUGCAAACAGCGUUGCGGAUACAUACUCAGUGGCAUUGGGGUUUUCAAUCCCAUCAACUGGAUAUUCGUCCAAUCGGCCAAGGUAUUUCCGAUUGACUACGCCGUCCUUACAGUAGUUGUCCUGUUGCUAUUUGGCAGUUCAGUGGUCGGGAUAUCUACCAUUGGUAUUCGCUUUCUCUGGAUUAGAAUAUUUCGGGUCAGAAAGGGGCACACGUCUCCACAAGCCCUGCUGCUGACCACUGCCAUGCUGAUGUUGACAAUACUAGCAUUGAACUAUUCGAUCCCCAUGCUUGUUGCACCUCAGUACGCGACUUUUGGACCGCAAACAUUUUGUGAUCGCCCCCAGGGCCAGCAAUCAGAUUGUUUGACUAACAAACACCUGAUCAAGCCAUGCUCGGAACUAACAGACAACACGGCUGCCAAGCGAGUCUGCACACCCAGCGUCACUAGUAUGUUUCUCAACCGCGUGACGAUAAGCUAUCCCUUUUUCGGUACAGUAUUUUUCUGGUCCCAAUUCAUCUUCCUCGUUAUCUACUUGCUCGUCUUGGUCACCUCUUUUAUCCGCCAUCCGAAACUUGAUGAACGUUUACUGGAUCAAGAAGCUGAGGAGGCCGAGGAGGAACGGCUACUGACAAGCUCUGCAAGAGGUGUUGGUGAUACCUAUCAAAGUGUUGGUGGACGAAACAACUUCUCGACUAGAGCAGGGUAAUAGGUUACUCGGGCUUAUAUUGCCUUAUAAUGUCGACCUUCAGGGACAGUGAUAGCUUGGCUUGUAACAUUUCAGUCAAAAUUAUCCACUGUUAUGCGAACGAAAGAGUGAAGCUUCAUAAAUUACAUUGUAUGACAACCUGCAAUAAUGUGUAAUCAUCUGAAGUUUGGUAUGCGGUAAGAGAUAAAGGGCAGAGCUCGAA